CGGCCAUCGUGCGCCUGCGCCUUUUGGCUGUCAGUCGGCUGCGGCGUGGGGAGCGCGGGGAGCGCUGGGAACCGUGGCGGCGCGCGGGGACCUGAGUUUUUAAAAAUGGAAUUUCAAGCAGUUGUAAUGGCAGUUGGAGGGGGAUCGCGAAUGACAGACCUGACUUCCAGUAUUCCCAAACCUCUGCUUCCAGUCGGCAACAAACCUUUAAUUUGGUACCCACUGAACCUGCUUGAGCGUGUUGGAUUUGAAGAAGUCAUUGUCAUUACAACCAAGGAAGUCCAAAAGGCUUUGUGUGCAGACUUCAACAAGAUGAAAAUGAAGCUAGAUAUUGUGUGUAUUCCUGAUGAAGCUGACAUGGGAACUGCAGAUUCUCUGCGCCACAUAUAUCAGAAACUUAAGACAGAUGUACUGGUCCUGAGCUGUGAUCUGAUAACAGAUGUUGCCUUACAUGAGGUUGUGGACCUAUUCAGAGCUCAUGAUGCAUCACUUGCCAUGUUAAUGAGAAAAGGUCAAGAAAGCUUAGAACCAGUUCCAGGUCAAAAGGGGAAAAAAAAAGCAGUGGAGCAGCGUGACUUCGUUGGAGUGGACAGCACAGGCAAGAGGCUGCUCUUCAUGGCUAAUGAAGCAGACUUGGAUGAGGAGCUGAUCAUUAAGGGAUCCAUCCUACAGAAGCACCCAAGAAUACGUUUCCACACAGGCCUUGUGGAUGCCCACCUCUACUGCUUGAAAAAAUACGUUGUGGACUUCCUAGUGGAAAAUAAGUCAAUCACUUCCAUCCGGAGUGAACUGAUUCCAUACCUAGUAAGAAAGCAGUUCUCCUCAGCUUCAUCACAACAAGGACAAGAAGAAAAAGAAGAAGAUCUAAAGAAAAAGGAGCUGAAAUCCUUAGAUAUUUACAGUUUUAUAAAAGAAGCCAAUACACUGACCCUUGCUCCCUAUGAUGCCUGCUGGAACGCCUGUCUAGGAGACAGCUGGGAAGGUUUGUCCAGAUCACAAGUGCGCUGCUAUGUCCACAUCAUGAAAGAGGGGCUCUGCUCUCGAGUAAGCACCCUAGGACUCUACAUGGAAGCCAACAGACAGGUGUCCAAAUUGCUACCUGUUAUCUGUCCAGAAGAAUCACUGAUUCACUCAUCAGCCCAGAUUGUCAGUAAACACAUGGUUGGAGCUGACAGCCUCAUUGGGCCAGAUACACAGGUUGGAGAGAAGUCAUCCAUUAAGCAUUCGGUCAUUGGUUCAUCGUGUGUCAUAAGAGAUAGAGUGACUGUCACCAAUUGUCUUCUCAUGAACUCAGUUACCGUGGAGGAAGGAAGCAACAUCCAGAGCAGCGUCAUCUGCAACAACGCUGUAAUUGAGAAGGGAGCAGACAUCAAGAACUGCCUAAUUGGAAGCAACCAGAAGAUUGAAGCCAAAGCCAAACGAGUGAACGAGGUGAUCGUGGAGCUCAUGGAGAUCUGAGUUCUGAGCAAGUCAGAUUCAUUCCUUUUGGCCCCCAGAACUACAGAUGUUGGCUGGCCCACCUGUUUGACUCUGUAUUUAUUUCCCAAUAAAAGAAGGGCUCCCAAAGGCAUUCUGGAGACUUAUGGAGUAGUCGGGCUCCAAGAAUACAGUGUAUGUUCCUGUUGGAAAAACUGUCAAGAGCCAGCGUGUGAGACAAGAUAGGACACGUGGCCUGGCUCUUAUACACCAAGGUUAUCAGGCAGGGGCAGCAGCUGUCUGGUGGUGAACCUUCCAGGAGGCCUACUUUCCAACUGGCUGGCCCAGUCUAGCCCUUAAAAGCAUCUCCCACCUGAAAGGACUUGAGGGUCCAUCAGCCCCCAGUCCUAAUCAGGCUUUCUAGAUCUGCAGGCCUAGUUGCUGCCAUUGCCACCUCUGCAUGUGAUGCGCCUCCUGCAGCUGCCAGUGUGAGCAGCCUUGCCCCUGAAUCUCAGCCCAAGACUUAACUACUCUGCUCCCAUACCUGCCGACACAGGUUCCUGGCCCCUGCCACCGUGCCACCCCAGCCUCACCCUCCCACCCCUGCCAUUUACUUCCCAUCCUCCCAGUGCCUGGGAGGCAUCCAGCCCAACUGUUAUACCCUGGAGACCCUUAAAGCAAGCAGGAGGCAGCCCCUGCCUAGCCAACAAUGCUAUCCCCACAGGUUUUAGUGGAAGCAAGGACAAUAAAAGAAAGCUGUGGGCUGAGAGAAGCCAGGCCCCUUCUCACCUCUUCUUAGUGAGGUCUGCCCAACUGGGAAAGGAAGAGCCAGGAACCCAGAUCAUCAUUUGAAAUUCUUACUGAUUCUUCUCCAGCUGUACUCCUUUAUAUCCUAAUUAUAUAGACUCUGCUGCUUCCGGUAAUUGAGAAAUGAGACUUCGAUUCUCAGAGCUCCUCUGGAACCCCAUCCGCCUUGUCUUCACCGCCCCCGCUCCCAGAUGCUCUACUCCGCUCCUGCCUCUCCCUACACCACUUUUACCUCCUGCAGGUGUUCGCUGGAAGAUGAAAGUGGUUCCUGGGGUGAGAUUUCACCUCCUAGAGUUAUCAAAGUAAAGGUUUCUCUUGAUGUGUUCACUGUGGGUGGCAGUAAUUAUAAAGAAUGAUUUGAAAUACUGGUUUCUACAUUGCUUCAAAAA